ACACUCCUUUAUUAUUGUGAACUGAAACCAGAUUUCAGAGUUUUAAAAAUUAUUCAAGAAUAUUCAGUGCAUGAAGUCGUGAAAUUUGAUUGUAAAAGAGGUACGGGCAUUUAGCCCUUCACUUAAACUGUGUCAUAAAGCCAGUACAAGAGAUUCACCUUCCCACCCUCACGUAAUCUUUUUGCAAUCACUGCUCGCAGGCCAACAUUUGUUAUGAUUUCAGAUUAGGAGCCUGGCAUCUUUGCUUUAAUCAAAACCUAUUCUCCCUUCUCUGCUCCUCCACUCCUUACCUUAAUGAGAAUGUAAAACACUAGUUUUGCCGGGGAGAGAGGCAAGGAAGGAAGGAAGAGAAGAAGGAAGAGAGGGAGGAAAAGACUGGACACUGACCCAAAGAGGGAGCGAAAUGAACUAAAGAGAGCGCUGUCCUUUUUUCUUGCGCUUGUUUUAGGCGCUCCCUGCCCGCCUCUCCCCGCCGACCGCGGAGCUGCACCUCUAGCUUGCUCGGCCCUCGGCCCCGCCCCCUAGCGUCGGAGCCCGGGAGCCUAUCUCUUUAAAUGACAGCUGAGGCUCGGGUCCCAGUCCGGGGCUUGACGUCAGUGCCGCCUCCCGGGCUGCGAGGAGUAGUUAGCGCCACCGUCGGCACUCGGGCCUCGGUGCGCACUCGCUAGCCGCCGGGGCGGCGAGUUUUCUGUGCUUCGGCCCCUCCUCCCUCCCUCCCCGCGGAGAGUCGAGCGGCAGCCCUAGAGCCUCUCCCAAGUCUCUCUCACACUUCCCCGCCCUCUCCCCAAAGGAGCAGCCGCUCCUUCUUGCCUCUCCACUGCCGCCGCCGCACCCGCGGAGCUCCUCUCCCGCGCGUCUCUCCUCCGAUGGAGCUCGGGAGCCGCCGACGCCGCCGCUGCCCCGAGCCCUGAGUGGGGCCGCCCCGGCCGGAGGAACGCGCCGCCCCGCCCGAGGGCGCAGAGCGCGGAGGAGCACGCGGAGGGCUUGGGGCAAGGGCUCGGAGAACGAGAAAGUGCUGCUCCUCGGGUCACUGGGCCGGCGGCCGGGGGACUAUGGCUCUGAAGGACACGGGCAGCGGCGGCAGCACCAUCCUGCCCAUUAGCGAGAUGGUCUCCUCGUCCAGCUCGCCCGGCGCGUCGGCCGCUGCUGCCCCGGGGCCCUGCGCACCCUCGCCCUUCCCCGAAGUAGUGGAGCUGAACGUAGGCGGCCAGGUCUAUGUGACCAAGCACUCGACGCUGCUCAGCGUCCCGGACAGCACUUUGGCCAGCAUGUUCUCACCCUCUAGUCCCCGGGGCGGCGCCCGGCGCCGGGGCGAGCUGCCCAGGGACAGCCGGGCGCGCUUCUUCAUCGACCGGGACGGCUUCCUCUUCAGGUACGUGCUGGAUUAUCUGCGGGACAAGCAGCUCGCGCUGCCGGAGCACUUCCCCGAGAAGGAGCGGCUCCUGCGCGAGGCCGAGUAUUUCCAGCUCACCGACUUGGUCAAGCUGCUGUCGCCCAAGGUCACCAAGCAGAACUCGCUCAACGACGAGGGCUGCCAGAGCGACCUGGAGGACAACGUCUCGCAGGGCAGCAGCGACGCGUUGCUGGUGCGCGGGGCGGCGGCCGCCGUGCCCUCGGGCCCGGGAGCGCACGGUGGUGGCGGCGGCGGCGGCGGCAGCGCGCCGGACAAGCGCUCGGGCUUCCUCACGCUGGGCUACCGGGGCUCCUACACCACCGUGCGCGACAACCAGGCCGACGCCAAGUUCCGGCGCGUGGCGCGCAUCAUGGUGUGUGGGCGCAUCGCGCUGGCCAAGGAGGUCUUCGGGGACACGCUCAACGAGAGCCGCGACCCCGACCGGCAGCCGGAGAAGUACACUUCCCGCUUCUACCUCAAGUUCACCUACUUGGAGCAGGCCUUCGAUCGCCUGUCAGAGGCCGGCUUCCACAUGGUGGCGUGUAACUCCUCGGGCACCGCCGCCUUCGUCAACCAGUACCGCGACGACAAGAUCUGGAGCAGCUACACCGAGUACAUUUUCUUCCGACCACCUCAGAAAAUAGUAUCACCUAAACAAGAACAUGAAGAUAGGAAACAUGACAAAGUCACUGACAAAGGAAGUGAAAGUGGGACUUCCUGUAAUGAGCUCUCCACUUCCAGUUGUGACAGCCAUUCAGAGGCAAGCACUCCCCAGGACAACCCGUCCAGUGCCCAGCAGGCAACAGCUCACCAACCUAACACCUUAACAUUGGAUCGCCCCUCUAAAAAGGCACCUGUGCAAUGGAUGCCUCCACCAGAUAAACGCAGAAACAGUGAACUCUUUCAGACACUCAUCAGCAAGUCCCGGGAAACAAAUCUGUCCAAAAAGAAAGUCUGUGAGAAGCUAAGUGUGGAAGAAGAAAUGAAAAAGUGUAUUCAGGAUUUUAAAAAAAUCCACAUUCCGGAUUAUUUUCCAGAGCGCAAACGCCAAUGGCAAUCUGAACUAUUGCAGAAGUAUGGGCUAUAGUAAUUAUCAUGUUCCUGCAGUAUUUUGAUGACAUUCAAUGUUUACUACAGUGUCACCACCUGACUGAUGUCCUAACAAUGGUCAGUGUGAUCCUUGCUGCUCUUCCUUGUUGUGAUUAGUGGAUGUGGGACAGUAUUUUAUUUUAUUCUUUUGUUGUUGUUGUUUAUAGAAACAUGAUUUAAAAGGAAACAAAUAAAUCAAUAAAUGUUAAAUCAAAAUGGAGUAUCUGAUUCAAACCAUUUUGCAAGAAUGAAAGUAAAAUGUGCAUGUCAAGCUUAGAAUCUUGAUUUUUGAACUCUGGUCAACUGGACAUGUUUGUCAUUUUGUAACUCAACAAAAACAAACCAUCAUAUCAUACCAACUAAAAUGAUAUAUGGAUGAAGCAACAUAAAGUAAAAUUUUAGACGAUGGUGAUAGGACCCAAAUCUAAAACUGUCUAAAUGUUAAUGCAAUAAAACAAGUAUUAUUUUUGCAUGAGCACAAUGUUACAAAUAAAUCACAAGAAAUAGGGGAGAUUUGUUUGUUGCUUGGAAAGAAAAAAAUUACAAAAAAACAGCAAAAAAAAAAUGUUUUAGGCAAAGCCUAUAAAUGUAAGUUGUCUAGGAGAUUGAAUUUUCUUUGUUCUGGAUCUGUGACUUUUUUGUGUAUAUGUAUGGUGUUUAUGUAUGUUAAGAUGGUGUAAAUAUGCCUUAUGCUGUUAUUUAUGGCAUCAACAUUCAUUUAUUAAUGCUAGCCAUGAUUAUUACUGUGAAAUGAGUCUUUUACAUCAGGCUGUGAAAAUUGGAAUAAUGAUGCUUUGAAAGAUCUUAUUACUGCAUUAAUCAAAAUAAUAGAGGGAAAUGGUAAAGAGCUUUAUGUAUUUAUUAAAAAAAGAAAAAUGUAUUAUAAUUUCUUGAUUUCUAUUGACUCUUCUUGAAAAAUAUUCAACUGCUAUGUUGUUUUCAGUUUUCCUUUAAAACCCUAAGCCGUAGAAUGAUUUGUUCAGACUUAGUGUUGACAAGUUUAAACAUAAUUGAAAAUGGAGAUAGAAUCAGAUCCAGAUAGUAUUGGUAUGGAUUGAUAAACAUUUUGCCCACAAGAGAAAAAGUCCUCAUCUGAAAAUACACUGAAAUGUUAUUUUAGCUCUCAACCAGAUUGAAAGCUUCUCCAGAAACAACUAGUAAGUUACCUCUUACAGAUCAAGGCACAAAAAUGGCAAUAGCAAACAAAAGGGCCAGGCUUUAUGAAAAAUGAUUUCUUCCUGAUUUUACAUGUAGAAAGAAGCUUUCUUAUCAUAAGCCACAUAAUUUGGCUUGCCAUCUCCACAGAAAGAAAUGUGUAACAUCAUGAAAUUUCACUAAAGGAAAGGCUGAGAGAGGGUAAAAGUAUCUUUAAAACUAAAGAACUCAUUCUCCUCUGUGGUUAGUCAAAAGGGAAGUUGAGCAGCAUUUGUGGUAUUAUUUCUUUUAGCACAAUGUAAGAAGAUGAGCAUUAUCAACUCAAAGUUUAAAAAAAUUCACAUUCCAUUUUGGAUGUAUUGUUAGAUUUCUUACUGUACCAUUAUAUAAAAUAUCACCUAGAGUGGACUAUUAAAGGAAACUAAUGUCUAUUAUUUACCUUGAAUUGUCAAUCAGAUUUUAGACAAACAGCUACUCUCAAUUUCUGCAUUUUGUUUUGGGAAGGUUGACAGUCCCAGCAUGGCUUGAUGUAGCUGCAACACACUGGUGAGAGGAUAAAGCUUGGCAGUCAGGUUGCCACAGCUCAAAUACCACUUGUGCUACAUACUAUCUGUAUCUUAGGGAUAAUAGUGAUAGUAAAGAGGUAUGAUUGGGAUAAUAAAGGGGCCUAAUUCCAUAGAAAACAUUUAAAUGAUGUAAUUGAAAGAAAGCAUCACCAUCACUACUGGAGCUGGAGAGAAAAAAGGAAGGUGUUUGUCUUACUGGAGUCUAGGAACCAGCACUAUCAAAUGGGAAGUUUGUAAUACUGGUGGGCAAGCUGUUUGGUAAGGACUAUAGCCUCUAAGGAGUCACAAUCACUUUCAAAGAUGCUUCAUGAAGCACAGAGGGAGAACAUUACCCUAGUUUCCCACUUUCCCCACAUCCUAAUUUUACAUCAGCACCUUCCCUCUUCCCAAUAUAAGUAGGAGCCAGUUAGCUAAGCAGCCUAGGAAAUUUAACUUGUACAAGGGAUCCCCUUGUGACACAAAGUCCAGCUGCAAAUGGUGAGGAAUCAACUAAUAAAUCUGAAAAAAACCUCACACCCUGCUCUGGUUUUUUCCCAAUAAAAUAGUUCAAAUCGAAUUGCGGUGGAAAUAAUUGGUAACUGGGAACUAUAUUAUCUGCUCAUAUCUCUAUACUGUAAGAUAAGGGAGGCCAAUGAUAAUUGUCUAUUCUUAUAGUCCUUCUUGCUAAAUUAGAAUAAAAGUUCUGAGCCAUAGGAUAGAAGGGAGCCCACUUCAACUAUGGUCUUUUGAGCGCUUAUCAUACACCAAGAAUUUGUCUUAAAGGUCAGCAACAAAUUCAAGAAAUGCAAAUGACCAGCUAUUGUAUUUGGAAGGAAGCUUACAGUGGGUCUGAUUCUCCCAAACCGUCAUAUUUUCCCCAGAGGCUAAAACCUGGCUGGCCUCUAUUUGGGUUACAAAGGGAUCAAGGGAGGCAGCUAGAAUGGGGACUCUUUCUUUAAGGAAAGGAGACACCAAAUUUAAUGGUGAGUUGGGCUAAAACUCGUGUAUAAAACUCCCUUUCCAAAGAUCCAGUAGAUAAAACCUGACAAUCACAACAAAUCAAAAGACUGGAAUCAGGCACUUUAGUUGAGUAUUUAUUCCCCCCAUAUGCUUUACAUUUUGUUUGGUACACAGUAGAUAUCGAACUUGUAACCUGAUGUGUUGCCAUUGCUAGUUUAAAUGGAAAUAUUUAGUACUAAAUAAAAUGAGAGAAAAAAACAUAGAAGUGAAGUGUGACAUUUUUGAUUCUGGAAAAAUGGAGUAGACUACCUUUUCCUACUCUUCCGACUAAGUGUAAUUAAAUCCCUUUACAUUAUAUACAAAAAA